UCUCGCCGCGUUUUGGAAUUCAGUCGACAAUCGACGAUAAUUACCGGUGGUUGUAUCACAUCACAUCACGCGCAGCAGCAGCAGCAGCAGCACUACGAACGAAAGCAGAAGAAGAAGCAGAAGAGCCAGCCGCAGUGGCAGCAGAGAAACUCGCUCGUUUUGGGAUCUAUAUACACAUAUAUAGACAUAUAUUUGUAUAUAUAGAGGGUUAAAUAUAUAUAUGUGCACGCAGCAUUGGCGAAUUUUCGGCAGCCUUUAAUUUGUUUGUGUUUUUUCCGUGUUCUCGUCCGCGUGCUCGCAAUUACGUGCGCGGCAGCAAAAGACUAUAAUUAUAAAACUAAAGUGAAAAGCGUGCCAUAAUUACACAAGCGAAUAUCAAUAAGUGCAAGAGCAAUGUGCGAAAAUUGCUAACGAACGCAGUAGCAAUCAGAAGCGAGAAAACGCAGCAGCAAGAUCAGCAGUAGGAUCCAAAUAAAUCAGCGCAACAUACAAAUCACUAACGUUUUCAACAUGAUCGAUGCGGCCUGCAAUUACUUGAAUCCCUAUGCGCAUCAACAGCAUCAGGCGCAGCAGCAGCAGCAGCAGCUACAGCAACAGCAGCAACAGCAGCAGCAGCAACACGCGCAGCAGCAGCAGGCGCAACAUCAUCUGCACAUGCAGCAGGCGCAACAUCAUCUGCACUUGUCGCAUCAGCAGGCGCCACAGCAGCACAUGCAACACAUGACCCAGCUACAACAGCAGCAGCAGCAACAGCAACAGCAGCAACAGCAACAGCAGCAACAGCCGCAACAGACGCAACAGCAGCAACAUGACUUCCUCAGCGCCGCCGCCCUGCUGUCCGCCCCCCCAUCCCUCUCCGGCUCGAGUUCCGGCUCCAGCUCCGGCAGUUCUCCACUAUACGGAAAGCCGCCAAUGAAGCUGGAACUGCCGUAUCCGCAGGCCUCAUCCACGGGCACCGCAUCGCCCAACUCCAGCAUCCAAUCGGCGCCAUCAUCGGCCUCCGUAUCGCCCAGCAUCUUCCCAUCGCCCGCCCAGUCAUUCGCCUCCAUUUCGGCCAGUCCAUCCACGCCCACCACGACCUUGGCGCCACCGACAGCGGCGGGAGCGGGAGCGGGAGCCCUGGCGGGAUCACCCACAUCCUCGUCGCCAUCCUCGUCAGCGGCUUCUGCUGCAGCGGCGGCAGCAGCGGCGGCGGCUGCAGCAGCGGACCUUGGAGCAGCGGCGGUCGCCAGUGCCGCCUACGGCUGGAAUACCGCCUACUCCGGAUUGGGGCCACCAAGAAGUCAAUUCCCAUACGCCCAGUACGCCUCCGAUUACUAUGGCAAUGCGGUGGGCAUGUCAUCAUCGGCCGCUUGGUUCUCGCAUCAGGAGCGCCUCUAUCAGCCAUGGAGUUCGCAGAGUUAUCCGGGCUUCAAUUUCGAUGACAUCGCCUUCCAGACGCAGUUGCAACGCCGCUCCGUUCGCUGCACGUGCCCCAACUGCACGAACGAGAUGAGCGGCCUGCCACCGAUUGUGGGGCCAGAUGAGCGGGGACGCAAGCAGCACAUCUGCCACAUUCCGGGCUGCGAACGGCUAUACGGCAAGGCGUCGCAUCUGAAGACCCAUCUGCGCUGGCACACCGGCGAACGGCCCUUCCUCUGCCUCACGUGCGGCAAGCGUUUCUCCCGAUCGGAUGAGCUGCAGCGGCACGGACGUACGCACACCAAUUACCGCCCAUAUGCCUGCCCCAUUUGCUCGAAGAAGUUCUCGCGCAGCGAUCACCUCAGCAAGCACAAGAAGACCCAUUUCAAGGACAAGAAGAGCAAGAAGGCACUGGCCGCCGAGGCCAAGGAGCAGGCGGCGGCGUCCGCAUCCGCGUCCGCGUCGGCGUCAGUGGCGACGGCGAUAAAGCUGGAGAAGAAGGAGAAAAAGUUGGGUAAACCGCUAACGCCGCCCGUGGAAUUCAAGCAGGAGCAGCCGGAUGCAACACCGCUGCUCAACUAUGCGCCCUAUGCGAAUCUCUAUCAGCAUUCCACAUCCGCGGGCACGAGUGUGAAUCCCCUGCCGCCACCGCCGCCACUCUUCCAGCAGCAGAUGACGACGACGACGACGUCGGAUCAGCCGUGGAACAGCAGCAGCAGCAGCAGCCGUGCCAUACAACCAGCCACUACCUCAGCCAGUUCAUCCACAUCCUCCAGUGCCAGUUCCCCAGCGGCAGCGGUCCUUUCCGCCACCGGAUCAGCAUCUUCCCCAGCGGCAUCCGCCACGGCGCUGGCCCAGCAUCACUAUGCCGCACUGGCCAUGCAAAGUGAGUCGCAGCUGGCGGCGGAGUAUGGUCUAACCAUGAGCGGAUUGGCCAGCGGAGCUAGCCAGGACUCCAGCUCCAGUUGCCACAUGAAGUCCGAGUAUGCGGCCAGUUAUCCGGCUGAUUUUGGUGCGGGCACAGCCAGUUACGGCUAUCCGCAUCCGCACACGCAUCCGCAUCCGCACCAUCACAAUGCGUGGGCAGCGGCCUAUCAUCCGCAUGCCACCGCCUAGGAUGCCCCAAAUCCUUCCCAGAUUGUUACAGUUUAAUGUUGAUGAAACAAAUGCCAUAAUGUCCCAAAACCCAGAAAGGCAACAAAGCAAGCGUAGAACGAAAAUCUAGUGUGUGUUUUUUUUUCAGUGUUUAUUGUUGACAUAAAAAUAUAUUGUGAAAAUCGAAAAAAAAAAAAUAUUAUAUGAAUUCACAAAAUACUGCAUAAGGCAUUAAAUAAUAUUAUAUAAAUACAUAUAUAGAUAUAUUAACUAUACAUGUAGAGACUAGAACUUGAAUUUUUUUUCCAUUUUUUUUCCCCAAUCUAGUUAAGGCAUUUUUUUUUGCAUGUCUGUACAUACAUAUACAUAUAUAUCGUUCUUUUUAAGCCAUACCAUAUAGAAUGAGAGAAACCAUCUAGUUGUGUACCAUAAUAAUUGUUAAUUGUCUUUAAGAUAAAUUAUAUACAACAACAAAAUGCAAAAAAAUCCAACAAGGCGACAAAAUCCCCACACUGAAAUCCUAACAAUAAAAAAAAGCGAACAAAAUUA